AAAUAGCGUGUUUAACUUAACCUACAAAACAAAUGUCGCUUUGACACUAAAUAUUGAUUUAUUUAUUCACAUUUUUAGUUUUAAGAUGAGUUUUGAAUUUUUAGACAAUACAGAAGAAAUAUUCUAUAACAAUGCCGUUAAUUAUUGGUCAGAAAUUCCAGCGACACUGGACGGCAUGCUCGGAGGCUUCGGAUACAUCUCCCAAACAGACAUCAAAGGCUCCAAAAUGUUGUUAAAGCAGCUCUUUAACUCCAAAGAUCCUCCGGGAAGAGAGUAUGCCCUAGAUUGUGGAGCCGGGAUCGGUAGAAUCUCUAAAUUCUUGUUGACCGAGAUGUUUGAAAAGGUAGACUUAGUAGAACAAAAUGCAGCUUUUCUAGAACAAGCAAAAAAGUAUUUAGGACCAAAGAUAGCGAAAGUACCGGAGUGUUAUUCUGUAGGCUUGCAAAACUUUGAGCCGGAGCCCAACAAAUAUGAUGUUAUCUGGAUUCAGUGGGUCAUAGGACAUUUAACGAAUAAAGAUCUAGUCAAGUUUUUAAAGUCUUGCAGCAAGGGUUUAAAGAAAAAUGGUGUGAUAAUUUUAAAAGAAAACAUAACCUCUACAGAUGAUAUAGAAAAAGAUGACCAAGAUUCUUCAGUUACCAGACCAAUGUAUCUCUUCCAUCAGUUAUUUCAAAAAACAGAAUUGAACUGUUACAGGCAGUCCAAGCAACACAACUUCCCUAAAGGUUUAUUUUCUGUCUAUAUGUUUGUCUUAAAACCUAUUAAAGAUGAUGUACCUGACACAACACUGUCAACAGAAGAAUCACCUGUAAAAGAGGAAUCUCCUCCAUUAGUUGAGUUAUCAAAAGAAGCUGAGAAAAUUACUGAACCUGAUAAAGAUGUGAAAAAUAGUACAGAAGUCCAACAAUUGGUGGAACGUGAUCUAAAUGAGCUAGAACAAACUAGAAAUGUUGAAACGGAAGCUGUGACUGAAAAGUGAGGACAAAGUCUACAAUUUGAGUUUUUUUAGGAAUGUACAUGUUUACGUUAGUUUUAUUACAGAUUUUGAUUACAUAAAUGCUGUUUAUAUACAGUAAACAUUAAAUAAAGGUACAAUGACUUUAA